UUCAAAGACCGUAUAUUUUCUGUUCUAAGCCUAAUAUUCUUACAAAUUAUCACUAGAAAUGGCGCCGAUGCAAGACUUUAUUGGUUCUGUUCGUCGAUCUCUGGUGUUCAAACCAUCUAAUGGCGAAGAUGGAGGAGGUUUUGGAGGAUUCGUCGACAAAAUUGGAUCCAGCAUCCGGAAAUCGAGAAUAGGACUCUUCUCGAGGACUGGGAAGAUUGAUUCGUAUAAGAUGAAGAAAAACGAUACACCGUUGAUCCGUUGGAGGAAAGGCGAGUUGAUUGGUUCCGGUGCAUUUGGCAGGGUUUAUAUGGGAAUGAAUCUCGAUUCUGGGGAGCUUAUUGCUGUCAAACAGGUUUUGAUUCCAGUAAACGGUGCUUCAAAGGAAAAGGCACAGGCGCAUAUUAAAGAGCUCGAGGAGGAAGUGAAGCUGCUUAAGAACCUCAAGCAUCCUAACAUUGUGAGAUACUUGGGAACAGGUAGGGACGAUGAAUCCUUGAAUAUCUUGUUGGAAUUUGUUCCGGGUGGAUCUAUCUCAUCACUUCUUGGAAAUCUUGGUCCAUUCCCUGAACCUGUCAUAAGAAUGUACACGAAGCAAUUGUUGCUGGGACUUGAAUACCUUCACGACAAUGGGAUUAUGCACAGGGAUAUCAAGGGGGCUAAUGUCCUUGUACACGAAAAUGGUAUCAUUAAACUUGCAGAUUUUGGCGCAUCCAAAAAAGUGGUUGAACUGGCUACCAUAACAGGUACCAAGUCAAUGAAGGGUACUCCAUACUGGAUGGCCCCUGAGGUUAUUCUUCAGACUGGCCAUAGCUUCUCAGCUGACAUAUGGAGUGUGGGAUGUACUGUUAUAGAAAUGGCUACAGGAAAGCCUCCAUGGAGCCAGCAGUAUCAAGAGGUUGCUGCUCUUUUCCAUAUUGGAACAACUAAAUCCCAUCCACCUAUCCCUGAACAUUUAUCUCUCGAUGCUAAAGAUUUUCUGUUAAAAUGUCUGCACAAGGAACCAAACAUGAGGCCUUCUGCACUAGAUCUACUAAAGCACCCAUUUUUCACAAGGGAGCAUCAGGAAACUCCCUUACUUUUACAUUCUGUAGUUAUGGAAAAUAUCGGAAAACAGAUGGGAACAUCAAGUAUCAGCCUUAAGAACUCUGUAACUUGCAUGGGGCUGGAUGCUACUCAGAAUAGUAUGAGAUGCUCGUCUAUAUAUCCAGAGAAGUUUAUGGGGAAUGGAAGCAUCUGGAAAUCAAGCAAUGGUGACGAUGAUAUGUGCCGAAUAGAUGAUGACCUUCUAGUUGGAGGAGCUUCAUCAAAUUUUGAUUCCCCUUUAAUUUAUAAGAGUUUCAACCCCAUUUUGGAGCCUAAUGAUGACUGGCCAUCUGAGAUUGAUAGAAAUAGAGAUUUUGGGAGAAGUCAAAUGGACUUAUUGGUGAGCCAAACAAUUAAUAACAGACCUGCAACAUCAUGUAAUACAGUAAAUGAGAAUGAUGAUGAAGAACUUAAAUCAAAAGAGAUGUAUAAGAGGAUUGAAAACAAAGAAAAUAUUUCGAACAAUUUGCACCUACCUCCUAAAAGCAGGUGGUCAUCAAAGCGAUCUCAGCCAACUCUAGUUUGUGAUGUUCAUCAGGAGCAUAUUAAUCCAAGUAUAAGCUUUUCUGAAAGACAAAGAAGAUGGAGAGAAGAACUUGAUGAAGAGCUUAAGAGAAAACGAGAGUUAAUGCGUCAAGUGAGCAUGGGAAGGACAUCAUCAUCAUCUCCAAAGAACCAUUCUGUAAAUCGACUAAAAGGCAGGUCAAGGCUUGAACUUGUGGACAAAUGAGUAUUGUUUUAUUCAUACACUCUCAAUAUAAAACAACUCGAGAUCUCCUCCCAUCAAAUGGGGAAAAGGAAGGAGAUGGAUUUGCAUUAUGAUAAAAUCAUGCCGCCUCUUGUGUCACAUUAUAGUGGCUGUUAUCGGUCAGUGUGAACCUCCCUGAAGCUGAUUACAUCAUUUAUGUGGGCUUCAUCAACUGGGAUGCAGGCAGGUAUAUGUUUUAUAUGUUUCUUUUUCUUUAUAGAAUUAGUGUAACAUAUUACUAUUGAGGAUGGAUCCUCCCAAACUUGAAUAUUUGGUUUACAAUAUCUGUAAUAUAUCUCAAUUUUAGCAUGCUUAUGGCUUUUCAACUAUGAGAAUUCUCUAAGGUUCGAAGGGUGGUUAUUCACUAGUACGAUCUUCACAGUAAU